AUGGCUUCUACACCGAAAAAAGUUAUAAUAGAAGAGAACGAAUGUUUUAUUUGCAAAAAUACAACAAGUUAUGAAAAACGGAUAAAGGUUUUUGGGCGAAGUUCUAUCAACUUGGUAGAAUUAAUAAAGAGAGCAGUCAACGUAAACCUCGCAGAGUUUGAAAAAACCAAUGCAAUGUUUGUUUGUUCAAAAUGCUACAAGCAGCUUACUCGACUGGACGGCCUCAUAAAAUCAACUGGGAAUCUAUGCGAUAAAUUGAGACAUAUGUUUCAACAAGGAGGGUCCAUUCGGUUAAAAAGAAUGGCACCAGAAUCACCACAAACACUAAGGUUGCGACCGAAGGCUCUGAUUCUAGAUUACGAAGAUAGUGUUCAAACUUCUCAAUCAAUGUCAAACGUAUGCCAGCUGCCUGGCGCUCCAGAUCCUUGUCCAAGCUUUCCAUAUCCUACUAUAUGUGCUACUUCACCUAAUUUAUCACAACAAAAUCGCUUUUCUUUGGUUAUGAAAGCAUUUCCUUACAUUCAAUUCGAACCACCGAAAAGUUCUACACCUUUAAAAAAAGAGAGAAUACCGAGCACUGUACGCCCAACGGAUAUUGACGGUGUUUCAAAAGUUACCAUCACGGUUGAAUUCCCGUCGAGAACUGUACGAAAAGAGCUAAGCACAGAACUAUCAUCCAUUGGUACUGCCCUUGUAUUUGGAGCAGAUGGUCGUAUAGCUCGUGCUGUUAUGAAAAAUCCAAUAAUAAACAGGUCGGUUGUGAAAUUGGUUCUCAAAAAGCUAGGAAAAGAAUUAAAAGAUCUGUGCUCUCUGAAAAACCCUUCAAUUCUCAGGAAAAGCGCUAAAGCCGACAUAUUGAACUUUUGUUUGGAGAAAGUGUGUAUUGAGUUGAAAGAACGCACUCCACUAUUUUACGGAGUUUUGAUGACCUGUGCGAAUGCUAAAAAGGAAACUACAUGGCUUCCUAGCAUAGUCGUGGCCGCAUCUGUGUUGUUAAAGCAGAGAAAUACACAUAUGAAUACCUUUGCAACUGUUGUCAGUUUGACUGUUAAGAACAGAUCUACAGAAGUAAGUAUUAUUAACGAUUAUAGCUAGUCAAUUUCUGGCAUUUUCUGCAUUACAAAUGACAAUAUAAAACAAGAGCCGUAUUGACUAUUGAACAGUCACUGGCACUUCCUAUUCGGCUAUAUUGGUUACCGUAGUUAUGAAAAGGUAAAACAUUAAAAGCAGAACCUAUCUUUAAAAACGUAUUUAUGACAAUAUGUGCAUAAUAUAUGAACAUAUAAUAUCUUAUUAAUAAUAUAAAUCAAAUUCGCAAAACACAAUUCUUAUCCAGUGUAUAUGUGUCAAUUUCAUGUACUCCUAUCGUGAGUUGUCAAUUUCAUGUCAAAAUUUCAUAAACAUGGAAAUUAUGGAUUUAAGAUAUUUUCGUUGGAUUAUAAGAAUGUAGAAAAGUCAUUUUCAUUUCAAUUUGCUUAUAAAUAUUUUCUGUAAUCAGCAUUAUUACAGAAUUCAGUGGGACAAUUGUUUUUUGUGUUUAUAAUUUAUUUCUUCAUCGUAUUACUGUAUAUCCGGUUUGACUGUAAAUAAUAGAAUUAAUUUGUAGAAUUAACGACCCAAUUGCAAUAUUAUUCAAAUGCUGUUGUAAUUUUUAGGCCAUACUUCAAAGAUUCAGCAAGAUGAAGCUAUCUUCAUCAAAUCGAACAACACUAAAGCAAAUGAUCGCACUUGGGAAAGAUCACGACAUUCUACUGCAGAAUAUGAAACAAUCGAUAUCCCUGCAGCGACAGACAUUGUGUAAGAGAGAUGAAAUGGCCCAAGCAUGCAAACAAAUUGAUCAUGUUUGUGUUGCAGAUUGUAAAAUAGCACACAGUAAAAUCAAUAAAACGAUAGAAGAUCUCAAGAACAAUGCUUAUCCUGGGUAUAAUAUUUCCUAUGACAAUAUUGAUAUCAGGCGUGAACGGAGGCAUAUGUCAAUGGCAGUCCAAAACCUGGAUAUACACUGGGUAAAUCAUCGCUGUACAUUCAAUCGAGUUUCUGGUAACCACCUUUCAACACAUCCUGGUACAGGGGUUCUUAAAGUGCCCAACAUCUCUCUUCUCCCAAAUCUUUAUGAGCAAAAGAUGCAAAGACAAAAUCUCAUAGUGCUUGUAUCUAGAAUUCUUGUACAGCAUUUUAGUGCAUUAUCUAGCUUUCCUUGAAAGUGUUUGUAUCAGGCACAUCUCACACAAGUAUGUCAAAGAAAUGUCAAUGAAAUCAGAACAGGUAUUAUAAGUAACAAUUAUAUAUUUUUGUGCAUUCUUGACUUGCAAUAAAUCCCUUGAUUGGUGCCCAAUUCAAAAGAAUUCCGUCCCCCACAUCAUUUCAAGUCAAGAAUAGCAGACAUUCCAAAAUUGAGACAUAAUAAUAUAAGAAUAUAUGCCCAGGUGUAUGUACACACAAACUAUUUAACUAUUUGAGGGGCUGAUUACAUGGAGAGUUUUCAGCAUGUGCCAGGUUUCAGCCCGGUUACUGUAUAAACAAGCUGAAAUUGCAUCACAAUUACAUGAUCUCGAGCAGUUCAAGUUCAGGCUGACUAAUUAUUCAGAUCUAUAUUUAUAGCCAACUCACAAGGCUGAAAGUCCUGAAACGUCAGCCCAGGCUGAAAUAAUCACAAUAAGGCUGUUACACUUCUUUGAAGCAUUCAUACACUGAAUAAUCAACUAUUUGACUUGUGUGAGACAUACUGUAUAGUUAUAUGUAAAGUAUUUAAAGAUGAAACAAGCAUGCAAAAUAAAGCCAUUUAAAUGGGCUGAGCUUAUUUGUGAUUAUAUAUGGGCAUCUCAAAAUGGAAUUUUGGUCAUGUAAUUACUUGCUGUGUUUUAGUAUAAGGAUUUUAUCCUUAAGCCUGGCUGAAUUUUCAGCCUGGAAACUCAGCCCUGGACUGAAAACUCUCCAUCAGGGAUGUAAAAAUGGCGAUAUUUGGGAGGGGGGGGGGUGCAUAUUCAUAUAUUUGUUCUGCCCAAUGGAUUUCUUUUGAAAGCAAUUGUUUUUACGUUAAUUAUGAACAUGUCGAAUAUAUGAAUAUGCACACCCCCCCCCCGCCACAAUUAUUGCAUAUAGUUACAGUACGUCCCUGCUCUCUAUGUAAUCAGACCCUGAGUUUCUGAAACAACAUUUCAUACAUCUUGAGCAAUAUAUAAAGAUAUUAGAUAUAUCACAAUUUUAUCACUGACCAUCCAAAGUGCCAUCCAAAAUUAGGACUGUCCACGCCCCUCCCGGGCCCACACACACUUUCAGUAUUGCAUUGUCACCCUUGCAUUUUGGGCUCUACAAAAUUGUCCAAAAUAGCUUAAUAUAUUACAUACUUAGUAACACUGUAUGAUUGUUUUAGGUUCCUCUUGGUGUCAUCUUUAAAAAUGAAAAUAUCAACAAUGAGAUGAUUGACAUCUUAAAGAAGUUUCAGGGUUAUAUGCCACACAACACAAAUGCUAAAGAGGAAAAAACAUUUGAACCACAACUACUUUCUGGUGAUCAACUAUCAGUUGAGAGAGCCAUAAAUGUUAUCCACUCAGUUUCAAAUGGAUACAAUGAAACAGAUAGACUUGAAGGCAUGAUAGUUCAAAUAGGAGACUGGCACACUUGCGUAAAAAUUCUCGAGGUAUACUGUAUAAUCAUUUGAAAUUUAAUUUACAUUUGCAAUAUAUAAGGUAUUUAAUAGCAGUUGACACUGAGGUUGAUUAGUGCAUGAUUGUAUUAAAAGGACGGACCAUUAGAAAAGUGAUUGGGGGGGGUGGGGUUUCUAGAGGCAAUAUAUAUAUAUAUAUAUAUAUUUUUGUACACCUAUAGAAGAAUUUUUUUUCUCACUUGAUGGCUGGAAAUAUUUUUUUUAAGUGAAGUUUAUAGGCCUAUCUUCCAAGCAAGGAAUUUUUUUUUCACUAUGCAUGGAAAGCUUUUUUUCCCUAAUUUUUUUUCUGGGAAUAAUUUUUUGUUUUGUUUUGCCCCCCACCCCCCCCUCCCCUCCCCAUCACUUUUAUAAUGGUCCAUUCCUAAUCACUAAUUGAUGGUUUAAAGUCCAAUUUGUUAUAUUUGCUAAAUGAAACAAUAUAAAAUAUGCACAUCAUUUAGCAAAUUCAAUUAGUAAAGAAACAAUUAAAUUCUAUUGCUCCUAGUUAUUAGAAAUUUAGUUAUUAAUGUAUGAUUAGUCCUUAACAAUUAGAUUAUUUACUAAUGGUUUAUGCAGGUGAUUGGUCAGGUUAUUUGAACAGUAACUGUCCCAUGUAAAACAAAGUAAUUUUUCUACUUAUAAACAUGCAUUGAAAUCAAUCGCGUUCCCCGAGCCUUCGAUCCUUGGGAAGGAAACGAAGCAUCUGGGAUAAUCUGUUGCCGGAAGCCAGGAAUUCUGGCUAAGAUUGAACUGCACAUUCCAUAUCAACGGCCAAUCAGAUUCCUCCCCGAAACGGAUUACACCAGAGCCUUCGUUUCCUUCCCUUCAGGGAACGAGAUUGCAUUGAAAUUAGAUUUUGUUGCAAGUUGCAGCAAUUUUGUUGAUCGUGUAACUCCAGCUUUGAACAAUUAAGCCAACCUAGUUUUUAUUUAUAAAAAAGUGCUUUUGUAUGCACACUAGCAGCAUGUUUGCAGAUUGGAAGGUAUAAAAAUUUAGCCACCAUGACAGACAAGUGCAUGACUGAUUAAUUAAAUGUUAUGUGUUGGGUUUGAACAUUCAAAUCAUUAAGGAUUACAGAUUCAUCAGGAUAACAGAGUCAGUAUUACAAAAUUAAAAUCUUGUGCUGCUUUAACAUAAAAAAUAAGUGAAUACAAACUUGUUAUAAAAUUUAAAGCAACAUGCCUGGAUUACAAAUCUUCAAAUUUAUUAAUAAAACUUAUUUAUAUAUUAUUGAAUUCAAAGGUAUUGUUUCGCCGCUUCUACUCUGCAAGUUCUGCAAGGGAUAAUUGUACUCUAAUGGCUGAUAGAAACUUAAUAAACCGUCGAAAUGUAAAAGUGGAUCCACACUCUGCUUACAGACCAGAUAGAGAUUUUAUCAUUACAGAAGUUACUUCUCGUGUGAUUGCUGCUGCUAUGAAGGUUCUUGGCAUAGAGACCCUAUCAAGUGUCCCAUUGGCUUUCCCAAUUCCAGCAAACUUAGAAAAGGAAGACAACCUUACCAAGUUAAAGUUUCUUCAUAACGCAUCAGCAAAAGUUGUCGAUGAAAUUGUUAUCGACCAGAGUACAUUUGCAACACUUAUGGAGAGAGCCACAUCUGUUCAAGACAAGGAGCUUAGUAACAACCAACAACCAAACGAAUAUAAUCGCUUUCCUUGUCGCUAUCCCGAAUGUCCAAAAACAUACAAAUAUAAUGGAAAGGCAAGAAGGAAACAUGAAGCUUCUCACGAUCCACCAGUAGUUGUACCUGAAGAACCUGGAUGCGAUGCAAAUGACGGGGAAUCAGCACAAGACAAAGAAGAUUCUGACGAUGUGUACAAUUAUAACUGUGCUCUGGUUUCAGAAGGACUGUUAUUUAUUAAUUUCAUCGAUGCAAUUGCGGAGGGAGAUGGGGAACGUAUAAUUCGUCAAUACAAGUAUCUAAUGUUGUUGUUCAAGUCUGAUGCACCCCACAGCAAUAAAUACGCUUUAGAAAGUUUGUACCAACUCCUUCUAGUCAAAGGUGUGCUUUCCAAAAGAGAUUCACAUCGAUUUAUUUGGAAUAGAUCUGUGAAUAACAAAGGUGGCUUAGGAAUGAACAUUCCAUUGGAUCUUGCUGUUGAACAUAGCAACAAUUUCCUAAAGCAAUCUAUCAAUCACCUUGGUGUCAAUAUUACAGAGAAUGCAGUUACCAGGAUAAGUAAAGCAGAAGCUCCAAUGAGAGGUGUUAUGGAUAACAUAGACAGAGAUUUGAAAAGAAUCAGAAGAUCAGGUAAACACAAGAAGAAGUCAAGUGGGACCGAUAUGGAUGUACUGGUUGGAAAGCUAAUAGAGGAAGAUGUAUUCAGUAGAAGACCUGGCAGAGGUUACAAGCAUUUUAAGAACUUUGAAAGAAGUCCUAUUUCCUGGCUUGAUAUGUCAAAGAUUUACACAUGGAUAAAUAAACACAAAGAUAACAUGUCUAUUGGUACAAGAGGAAGAUAA